GACUCCCCGCCGCUCCCCAUGACCGCCCCGCCGACUCCCGGUCCGCCCCGGUUCCGCCGCCUGAAGCGUGAUGGGAAGUCUGCCCAGCAGAGGGAGAAACCGGGCAGCUUCGAGCCCCUCCGCUGAGCCCCGGGCCUCUUCCCCGGCGCAGAAAGGCCCCGACGUCUGCACGGCCGUGGCCCUGUGCCCCUUCCCCACGGGGGCGGAGGCGGCCCUGGCGGUGGGCGAGCCGCUGACCAUCCUCUCCGACCACGGCGACUGGUGGGACGUGGUGUCGGCGGUGACCGGAGAAGCCUAUCGCAUCCCCAGCGGCCACGUGGCCAGGGUCUCCAACAGGUGGCUGUACGAAGGCCUCGGCCGGGACAAGGCGGAGGAGCUGCUCCUGCUGCCCUGCAACCGCGGAGGCUCCUUUCUGGUCCGCGAGAGCCAGACCCGGAGAGGCGGCUACUCGCUGUCGGUCCGGCAGCCGCGCGCGGCCGCCUGGGACUCGGUGCGGCAUUACCAGAUCCGGCGGCUGGACAACGGCUGGCUCUACAUCGCCCCUCGCGUCACCUUCCCGUCCCUCCAGGCCCUCGUGGAUUACUAUUCCGAAGUGGGGGACGAGCUGUGCUGCCCGCUGUCGGAGCCCUGCGCCCCCCUCGCCGCCCGCCACGUCCCGAGGAAGCCCCUCCCGCCCCCCGCGGUCGUCCGCAGGCCCGCCGUCAACUGGAAGGAGCUGGACAGCCGCCACCUGCUGUCGUCGGCGUCGCCCCCGGACGAGGCCUCCCCCAUCAGCGCCGGGCUCCGCGAGGCCGUCACCUCCUACCUCGCCCUCACCCGCGGCGCCCUCCCCGACGACGCCCUCCCCGACGACGCCCUCCCCGACGACCCCCUGGCAGGCGGACCCCCGACCCGCCGCGACCCCCUGCCCGACCCCCGCGCCCCCGCCCGGGGCCCGCCCCGCCCCAUCGACUCCUGCCGCACCGCCUAG